GUGAACACUGGACAGUGAGUGAGAGGAGAGAGUAAUUUUCAAAAAAAAAAAAAAGUGAGAGGGCACGCACAGGUUCGGAGCAUUCAGGUCGAGGGGUUUCUAGUUUCUUGCUGUGCGAGCGAGCGGCGUGCCGCCGGCGGCGGUGUGCCGGGAUGGCGUCGCAGCAGGCGGAGAAGGCGGCGGAGCUGCAGGACCCGGAGAUCCGGGCGGAGCUGGACCGGCGCGUCCGCGAGGAGGGCGAGACCGUCAUCAAGAGCGGCGGCGGCGGCACCACCCACGACGCCCAGGAGCGCCUCGCCGAAGGGCGCAAGAAGGGAGGGCUGAGCCGCACGACGGAGUCCGGCAAGGAACGCGCCGAGAAGGAGGGCGCGGUGCGCGUCGAGCCCGACGAGAAGCAGCUCCAGCAGGCCAAGGAGAGCCUCGGCCGCGGCUGAAGGCGCGCGCCAACGGUUGACCACCGCAGCUUAGUAGCUUACCAUGUAGUAGUAGUAUAUGUACCAAGCAUACUAGUAGUAUACUAGCCCACCACUAGGUAGCGUGCGUGUGUGAUAGAUGUGCCGGUUUGGGUCGGAUGUGUAGGUGACGGUCGAAGGCUACAAAAUUUUGGUCUCUGCAUUGUAGCCAUCGCCGUCUGUUUUGUCUCUGCGCCGCCCCUGUGCGCUGGUAGUUGAGCUCUGGCCGCAACAUUUUGGUGCCUGCGCGUCUCCAUGUCAUCAGACAUGUACAUGGUUGUAGCCUUGAGCCCAAUAUAUAAGGCCUCUAUAGAAGAGGCCAGCACUGUUUAUCUUGAAA